AUGGCCAGAUACACCACUGCCCUCCUGCUUUCCCUCGUCGGUGCUAUGGCGCAGACAGCAGACACCUCUGUCGACAGCUCCAUAUUAACCAUCACCGCCUCCUCGGCGGGGCCAUCUGGUUUUGCCAUCCCUGCAUUGAGCGCCCUCACUUCAGGAGCCGAAACCGAUUCUACAGUCGCCCUUGAUACUACAUACACUGCUGGGGCCACCCCCUCAGUCUCUGGCGCCCCCGUCCUCCCCACUUCUGCCCUCACUAUCGCCGACUAUCCUUCUUUGGAUGUCACUCCUCCCACUAACUCGUCUCUCGUCACGGAAUGGCUCGGAAAGAUUGACUUGACCAAUGCGCCCACCUACAACGUGACCACCGGUGACUGCUCUACCAGCACCGAGGCGACCACCGAUGGUCGAUGCUGGUGGACUUGUGGUGGAUGCACCCGAGACACUGAUAUCACCGAGUGCCCCGACAAGAACACCUGGGGUCUUUCUUACGACGAUGGACCUUCCCCCUUCACUCCCCUCCUCAUUGACUACUUGAACGAGAACAACAUCAAGUCCACCUUCUUUGUUGUCGGUUCCCGAGCCCUGUCUCGACCCGAGAUUCUCCAGACCGAGUACAUGUCUGGCCACCAGAUCUCUGUUCACACCUGGUCUCACGCUGCGUUGACUACCCUUACCAACGAGGAGAUUGUCGCUGAGCUUGCCUGGACCAUGAAGGUCAUCAAGGAUGCCAUCGGUGUCACUCCCAACACUUUCCGACCUCCCUACGGUGACAUUGACGACCGAGUGCGCUACGUCGCUGCUCAGAUGGGUUUGACCCCUAUCAUCUGGACUUCCUUUGAGGACAACGGUUCGACUGUCAACUUUGACACUAACGACUGGCACAUCUCUGGCGGUUCUGCCACUGGUGCUUCUUCUUACGCCACCUUUGAAAAGAUUCUGAAUGAGUACGCCCCUCAGCUCGACAACGGUUUCGUCGUCCUCGAGCAUGACUUGUACCAGCAGACCGUUGAUCUCGCUGUCGGCUACAUUCUCCCUCAGGUUCUCGCCAACGGCACCUACCAGCUCAAGUCUAUCGUCAACUGUCUCGGAAAGGACAUCUCUGAAGCCUACAUUGAGACCUCCUCCAACCAGACCACCACCCAGGUCACGUCUGCUGCCAGCACCUUCUUCCAGGCUACUGUUGGUACCGAGACUGGUUCUGAGGUCUCUGCUGCUGCCAGCGCUACCGGAUCGACCGCUGCUGGCUCUGCGGGCGCCUCUAGCGAGUCUGGCGCCGCGUCCGGUUCGUCUUCUGCCUCUGACAGCUCUUCCAGCGGCUCGUCGAGCAGCGCUGCGGGCCGAUCGGCUACUCUUGGCAAGGCUAUUAUCGCCCUCGGUGCUAUCGCUGUUGGCAUGGUCGUUGCUGCUUAA